AGCACUGCGUCAACAUCAGCAUCCACCUGCAAGUGUUUGGAUGUGUGAUCGCUACGAUGCGAACGGGGACAACAGUCGGAUUAUUGCAGCGUAUUGAUGAAGAAAUCUUUCAAUAAGUGUUGUGACACUGCUGCAGCGCGUUCUCAUUUCAGGGGAUUAAUAGCGCCCCUCCGCGCGUUGCCGCUACUUGAAUGACAAUUAAAAGCAAGAAAACGUCUCAGUCGCAGAGGAAACCUACGACAUCUCUUUUAAGUUCGGUGCCCAAAAAGACGCCGGGCCAACGGCUUAAUGCUGGUUUCUGCUGGGAUGUCAUCUGAAAAUGCUGCGUCACAUAAAGUCCGUGAGGCGUCGGAGGCUGAACCCCUGAGGAUUGUUCUGUUGGGGAGGACGGGAACAGGCAGGAGCUCCUCGGGUAACACCAUCCUGGGCAGGUCGGCCUUCUGGGUCACCGCCUCCCCCUGUUCGGUCACCGCGCGGUGCGAGAGACAGUUCGGGACGGUCCACGGGCGGAGCAUCGCUGUGAUUGACACGCCGGGCUUCUUACACACGCGGCUGUCCCCCGAGGAGGUCAUGGCAGAGGUGGGACAGAGUAUCGCCCUGUCCUCUCCGGGACCCCACGCCUUUUUGGUGACCCUGCAGCUCGGCAAGUUCACCCAGGAGGAAAGGGACGCCUUGCAGUGGAUCAAGGCCACGUUUGGACCUGGAGCCACCAGGUUUACCACAGUCCUGUUCACCUGGGGAGACCAGCUGCGGGGCAAAAGCAUCAGGGACUUCCUGGGGGAGAGCGAAGAACUGUCCCAGUUUGUCAGCAGCUGCCGCGGAGGGUGCCACGUCUUUGAUAACAGUGGACAGGACGAGACGGCGGCGGCCUUGCAACAGGUGGCCCAACUCCUGGAGAAGGUGAAUGACACUGUGGCAAGCAAUGGAGGCGGUUGCUAUAGCAACGAGAUGUUCAAGGAAGCGGAGAGGGCCAUCAGGGAGGCGCAAGAGAGGAUUCUGGGAGAGAGAGGACACAAGGUGGAGACGCCUAAGGCGGCGGCUACAAACCCAGAGGUGCAGAGACCCGAGACGGGGAGGAGGAGGAGGGAGGAAGAGGAGAGGAGAGAAGAAGAGGAGGCCAGGAAACGAGCCGAGAGGCUUUUCUGGUGUGAGUUGUUGACAGCUGUGGGGAAAGGCGCUGCAGAGGGAGCAGGGAUCCUGGGGAAAGACGACAAAGGGAAAGGGAAGGCCGUGAGGAAGGCGAAGGUGGUGGAGAGGGCAGCGGCUCUGGCGGCGUCGCCGCUCUCCGUCACUUCAGCCGCGAAAGCGGUGGGAGGAGCCGUGAGAGAAGGAAGCAAGGUGCUCUAUAAACACAGGAAAACUUUCCUGAAAACACCUCACUGACUAAAGUCAAGAAUCUCUUAUUGCAGUGGAGAGGAUGAUGUGUCAAAGUCACUCAGCUGUAUUGUUUUUUUUUUUUUUUUUUUUUAAUUUAACGUCCUCAAUCUCUGUUUUAACAGGAGCACAAUGCACCACCUUCAAACCAUUCUGUUAAGGAAUGCAUUUCUAUCUGUGCUUUUAUGUGUGUGUAGCGUUCAGAAAGGUAAACAUCCUGGUUGUCAUGUAGAUUGGUAACAAAGAAAAUAGCCACUCCUUUAAAUUGAAUACACAUGUUAUAAUAAAAGGGAAGGUCAUAAAA